AUGUCCAACAAUGCUGCAGCUCGAGUCUUUGGCGUCGCAGAGCUGCUCGAAGCCAUCCUCGACUUUCUUCCACCACCACCCUUCGGCUCCCCGCGGCUGAGGAAGCGAAUGAUUGAGCUCGAGCCAGAUAGGGUCAGAAGCUGGCUCUUCGAAGUAAACCAAGCAAUUUGGAUCGAACGAACACUCUCCACCAUUCAAAAGGAGAAUUCCAAGCUUAUGCGCGUGUUCAGAGGAGAGUUUGUUGUGCGACGCUAUUCUGACCUCGCCUCUCUUGAUGGCAUCAAAGCGAUGGCAAAGAAGUCGACACAAGGGUCAUGGCGACGAGUGAAGCUUGUUCAAGACUCUGCGAUCUCUCCUGUGGUCGUUCUUAAUCCUAUGGUCACGAAUUCCGACUUUUGGGCAUUCGCUGAACCGGGAACUACGCUCGGAGAACUGCUGGAUGGAGAAUGGGUGGACGAUGCGAAGAAGUUACUUCCUAAGACUUCGAAGGAUGGAGUACAUCUUGCUGUGGAGGACUGGACUGACUGA